AUGAGCCGCUCGGCUUCCUGUGCCCGCGAAUUCGUGUUACGUAAGCGGGGUGGCGUUCGUUCAUUGGUCAGCGGGCCAGCUGCUGGCAGCAUUUUCAAGCCGCGCGACUCCGUCCUCCAUCCAUCAUCGCCAACUCACGAUCCAGCGACCAGGAUCUGCCCAUGCGCCUGUGCUGGCACCAGCAGGAUGCUUCUUAAACGAAGCGCAAAACAUGCUCAUCAAUGGCCGUGUUUCUGGCUGGCGGCUGACCCUUGGUGCUUCUUCAGGGCUUCCAGCAGUGACAAGGUCCAAGAGCGACAGUUGACGGCGGAAUCGAAAUCAGACGGGCAGGGGCAAUUGCGUCGGCCAAGGUCCCUCCAGGCAUUGCAUCUUAAGCCGCUCAAGCGCGAGGCCGAGUUCGGAAUCCCGUCAUGCGAUCUGCAGCUCCGAUCCUUCAGUACGCAGCCGCUUGAGUUCUUCGCCGACUUCGCGCUGCGCGCAGCAUACUACCUCGGCCUCCCAGCCUACGGGCCAGUCCCGUUACCUCGCAUUACCGAACGCUGGACGGUGCCUCGGAGCCACUUCAUUUUCAAGAAGUCACAAGAGAACUUCGAGCGCGUAACACUGCGGCGACUGAUCCAGAUCAAGGAUGGCCACCCUGAGACGGUACAGCUGUGGCUGGCCUACCUGCGAAAACACCAAUACUACGGCGUGGGAAUGAAGGCAAACGUAUGGGAAUUCACGGAAGCUGGAGUUGGUCGCUCGAUGGAAGUGCCCGAGGACCAGUUGGGGGGACUCGACUCGACAUGGGCACAACUCGGGCAGACCAAGUCAAUGGGCACUGCGGAUAAGGUGGAGGAGCUGCUCAACAGUCGCCGGUUCAAGGAGGCGGCCGGCCUAAGGCAGCCUCUUGCGCCGAACAAGUAA